GGGGCGCUGGGGCUGCAUCCCUGGCUGGGCUGGGGCUGGGGCCCGGUCACGUGCGCGAAACCCGAGCCGGUGGGGGCGGAGGAUGGAGAGGGCAGCGAAGUGGGGUGGGAUGGGGGUGCGCCCCGCCCAGCCGGCCACUUCCUCGCGCGGAGCAGCUUGCCACACUUGUUGCUGCCUGCGCGACCCCAGGUGCGGCCCAGGGCGACCCCUGCGCUCAGCCCCCCACGGCGCCCGCCACUUCCUGCGCCAGCCCAGGUUCCACGUGGCAGCUGCCGGCCGCACAUGGCCCCCUCGCUGGCGCACGCCUACCGCUGGCGCUGGUGGAUGGCAGGCACGGCGGUGCUGGAGAACCUCUUCUUCUCCGCCGUGCUGCUGGGCUGGGGCUCGCUGCUGCUCAUGCUGAAGCAGGAGGGCGUCUACGCCAGCCUGUGCCCCGCAGAGAAUUCCACCAAUGCCACGCAAGACGAGGGGCGCCAGUGGCCCAGCUGUGACCAGCAGGACGAGAUGCUCAACCUUGGCUUCAUGGUGGGCUCCUUCCUGCUGAGCGCCACCACCCUGCCCCUGGGCGUCCUCAUGGACCGCUUUGGCCCCAGGCCUCUGCGGAUGGUGGGCAGUGCCUGCUUCGCAGCAUCUUGCACCCUCAUGGCCGUGACCAUCCAGGAUACUGAAGCCCUGUCCCCGCUGAUCUUCCUGGCGCUGUCCCUGAACGGCUUUGCUGGCAUCUGCCUCACAUUCACGUCGCUCACGCUGCCCAACAUGUUCGGGAACCUUCGCUCCACGUUCAUGGCCCUCAUGAUCGGCUCCUACGCCUCCUCUGCCAUCACCUUCCCGGGAAUCAAGCUGAUCUACGAGGCCGGCGUCCCCUUCAUGGUCAUCAUGUUCACGUGGUCCGGCCUCGCCUGUCUCAUCUUCCUCAACUGUGUGCUCAACUGGCCCUCGGAGCACUUUCCUGCACCUGAGGAAGUGGACUACACGAAGAAGAUCAAGCUCGCGGAGCUCGCCCUGACCCACAAGGUCACGGGUGACCGCUUCUACCGCCACGUGACUGCUGUGGGCCAGAGGCUGAGCCAGGAGCCGCGCAGCCUGGACAGGGGGACCAAUGCCUUCCUAGCGCCCGCGGAUGGCCGGGGUGCUUCGCAGAGCCAGCCGGAGAAGGCCGUCCCCUUCCGCCAGAGCCUGUGCUCGCCGGUCUUCCUGUGGAGCCUGCUCACCAUGAGCCUCACGCAGCUGCGUGUCAUCUUCUACAUGGCGGCCAUGAACAAGAUGCUGGAGUUCCUGGUGACGCGAGGCCAGCAGCAGCAGACCCAUGAGCUGCAGCAGAAAGUGGCCGAGACAGUCGGGUUCUACUCGUCCGUGUUCGGGGCCAUGCAGCUGCUCUGCCUCGCCACCUGCCCCCUCAUCGGCUACAUCAUGGACUGGAGGAUCAAGGACUGUGUGGAUGCUCCGGCCAGGGCAGCUGCGCACAGCAAAGCCAGGGGCCGGUCCGCCACUGAGCCCGCCAGGCCACGCUACUGCAAGAUGCAGAAAGUCAGCAAUGCCAUCAGCGCCUUCACCCUGACCAACCUGCUGCUGGUGGGCUUUGGGGUCACCUGCCUGAUUGACAGCCUGCCCCUCCAGCUUGUGACCUUCGUCCUGCACACCAUGGUCCGAGGGUUCUUCCACUCGGCCUGUGGAAGCCUGUAUGCCGCUGUGUUCCCAUCCAGCCAUUUUGGCACGCUGACCGGCCUGCAGUCGCUCGUCAGUGCUGUGUUUGCCCUCCUGCAGCAGCCACUCUUCAUGGCCAUGGUAGGGCCACUGCGUGGGGAGCCCUUCUGGGUGAACUUGGGCCUGCUGGUGUGCUCCCUGCUGGGCUUCCUGCUGCCUGCCUACCUCUUUUGCUACCGCGCCCGGCUCCAGAGGGAGCUGGUGGAGCCCAGCCCAGGAAUCCCGACGGCACUGUGUGCCCCCAAAGUGGCAGCCUGAGGUGCGUGGCCAAGGACCUGAGGCUAGGAGCGUCCAGGCCACCCUGGGCCCCACGUGGAGCUCAGAGCGGGAGGGAGCAACUUCUGCGGGACUCGCAGUAGCCCCCAGGCCCUCGCGGAGUGGUGUCACUAAGCUGCUGACUGACACCACCACCCUCUGAGCGCCGGCUGGGGCGGGGUCCCCCCUAGCUCAGAUUUUGGAGAAAAUGAAAAGGCCCAAGCCCAGGGGGCGGUCGCCCCUCCCCACCCAGCCCAACGGGGCCCUCUGUUAGGCAGAGGGCGCCCAUCCUUCCGCCUCCUCCUUCCCCCAGAACAGCAUUUUGGGUCUGAACUUCAUGCAAAUGCUGAGUUUUGUGGUAGACCGUGAUUACGUUUGCUUCUUUGGACAGGGUCUCGCCAUGUAGCCCAGGCUGGCCUCCCUAAAACUGUUGACGAUCCUCCUGACUCGGCCUCCCGAAUGCUGGACAGCCCACGCAUCCUGGGCUCUGGUAGACUGUCCGCCAGGCCCUGUUCCGGCUGUCCCUGCGAUGGGGAAAGCGCGGCCGGCGGGUCUCGGGCGCGGGGCGUGAGGCGUCCGGCAGGUGGCGCUGCGGACAGUGGGAACCCCAGGACCCCAGCCCUGCCCAGCGGGGGCUUGGCUCCCACCCCGGGACAGGGAGUGGAGAGGGGCGGGCGGCGGAAGCCGGAGCCGUGUUUGUCGCGGCGCUGCCGAGCGGAACAGAUGGCCGGGAGGAGGGGUGCGGGGGCCUGAGGAUGCGGAACGAGGAAUCCGACGCCCCGAGUCUCCCGGGAGAAGCCCCCCUCCCUUUUCCUCCGGCAAGCAGGCGGGCAGCCGCGGGCUCGCUCCGACCCCUCUGCGCAGUGUGCAGCCCUGGCGUGCGGCCGCUGGGUCUCACGGGUUAGCUGGAACAGGGGCGCGGGAAGCCGGCUCGCGUCUGGGAGCGAAUUCAGGGAUCGCAAAUAGCAAAAGGGAAAACGUGUUAAUUGGAACUUUAUGCAGAUGAGUCAGGACGGUGGCUGGGAGCUAGCCGGUCAAGAAGACGAGGCCCGGCACGGUCCAGGCCCAGGGCAGGGACAGGCAGACCAAGCCCCGAGAUGGGAGGCUGGUUUGGCGCCCUGUUUGGGGAUCUGCAGAGCAGUGGGAUGUGGGGCCCAGGCGUCUGCCCCGCCCUCGCUCUAGUCCCCAGCGCCGAGUGUAGGGAGGCCUUAGCCGCCACGCUUGCCAGACCCGCUUGCGACGUCCACCGAGACGGUUGUUUCCCCCACGCCUACCCCAGCUUUGGGGGCCACUGACUCCGUCCCCAGCUCAGGGUGGCUCUGGCAGGGUGGCACCGGGACAGGGACCGUCUCAGGGAGAGAAAUAAGAUUCCCAGUGCCUGGGAGGCCGAGGCAGGGUCACCGCGAGGUAGAGGCCAGCCUGGGCUGCACAGCGGGACCACGGAUCAAAAUAAAAACAAAGACGGACUCCCUGGUGGCCAGAGCGGCGAGCGGCGUACAGCUGGCGGCGGGAGGGGAGCCAGGCCCCCUAGAGGCCACUGGCAGCUGUCCCGCUGCCUGCCGCCUGCCUUCUCCUGCCCGGACGGGCAGGACAGGGCCGUUGUGCCCGCUCGGGUUUCGAGCAUCAAAGACGCAUGGCAACCUGACCCCCGGGGCCGGUGGCUCUGCGCCGGGUCCUUCGCGGGGGAGGUCAGCGAG